CCUUUGCAAUUGUCUUCUCUGCUUUUCAAUCAACACACUAGUCAAACCCUUCUCACAAGUCCCAAAAAAGCAACCAUGUCUUGCUUCAAGAGCAAAUACCAAGAUGAGCUGAUUGCCAAUGCUGCAUACAUUGGGACCCCUGGAAAGGGUAUCCUUGCAGCUGAUGAAUCAACAGGCACCAUUGGAAAGCGUCUAUCGAGCAUCAAUGUGGAGAAUGUUGAAACAAACAGACGCAUUCUUCGUGAGCUUCUGUUCACCGCCCCUGGUUGUGCUGAAUGUCUCAGCGGUGUCAUCUUGUUUGAGGAAACCCUCUACCAAAAGACAGCUGCAGGAGUACCCUUCGUGGACGUGAUGAAGAAAGGAGGAAUGCUUCCGGGUAUAAAGGUGGACAAGGGCACCGUGGAGCUAGCCGGAACAAACGGCGAAACCACCACCCAAGGCUUGGACGACCUCGCCCAGCGCUGCAAGAAGUACUACGAAGCGGGCGCGAGGUUCGCGAAGUGGAGGGCAGUUCUCAAGAUUGGCCCAACCGAGCCCUCACCACUGGCCAUCCACGAGAACGCGUACGGGCUGGCCCGUUACGCCGCCAUUUGCCAGGAGAACGGCCUGGUCCCCAUUGUGGAGCCCGAGAUCCUAUCGGAUGGGCCGCACGACAUCGAGAAGUGCGCGGACGUGACCGAGCGCGUGCUGGCGGCGUGCUACAAGGCACUGAGCGACCACCACGUGCUUCUGGAGGGGACGCUGCUUAAGCCCAACAUGGUGACUCCUGGGUCGGACGGUAAGCGCGUGGGGGCGGAGGUGAUAGCGGAGCACACGGUGAGGGCGUUGUUGCGGACUGUCCCACCGGCGGUCCCGGCUAUCGUGUUCCUGUCGGGGGGUCAGAGCGAGGAGGAGGCGACGGUGAACCUGAACGCGAUGAACAUGCUGAAGGGUAAGAAGCCAUGGUCGUUGACUUUCUCGUACGGAAGGGCUCUGCAACAGAGCACGCUGAAAGCGUGGGGUGGGAAGGACGAGAACAUUCCGAAGGCACAGGAAGCGUUGCUGGUGAGGUGCAAGGCGAAUUCUCAGGCAACGCUGGGCACUUACAAGGGUGAUGCCAAGAGCGAUGGCGCCGCUGAGUCUCUUCACGUUAAGGAUUAUAAGUACUGAGAGAGAUGGAGCGUUUCUUUCUUCUCUUCCAUGCACUGUUAGAUGGUGCUGUUUUGUAGGGUUUUGUGUGGACCAGUCGGAAUAAUCAUGGCUUCCUAUGUAUUUGGCCUUGUCGCCGUUUACUUUUUCAUUUUAUCUGUAAACUUUUUUUUUCUUUUUCUUUUUUUAAUUCUUACACUCGUUUUUUCAUUUUUGUCAUAAAAUACCAAGAGAAAUGUACCUACUUAUCUGGGCAUUCUUUCUCCUCCCCUUUUACUCUGCUGUGUCUUGUUCUCAAUAAAUUGAAGAUGAGAUGAGGUUAAUCUUC